AUGGAAGCUUCUGAGCAAUCCGCAACCUCAAUACCUAAAUGUAUGCGUGGAAUAACUUUAAUUCACUUUGGCAGGCGGACUUAUCGCGUUCCUACCGCUUCGAUUCCGAAAACUAAUCAUAAAGUGUUAGGUAGUCUUGAAUUAAAUGUUAACGGAAAAAGUGGAUAUAAUUUAAAUCAAAUUCAACGUGACUCAAAAACUACGAUCACAAUACAACGUGGAGAUGAUAAUGUUGAAAAUGUGGAAAAGGCUAUAAAACGUAUAGAAAAUUCAGUUAAAUGGGUGGUUACAGACUUUCAAUCUGAAGUAGCAUCACUCGCACUUCCCAAUGUAGAUGAAUCAAUGUUUAUUAAACCACCUUCUCUACAUCUCACUUUGGGUGUGCUAAAUCUACAUGCACAAGAGGAUAUUGAAGGUGCUGUACAAUUGCUUAAAAGUUUAAAUGCAGAAAUUUAUGACUUGGUAGGCACACGAUCCAUAGUUGCUAAGUUGUUAGGAAUAGAGGUCAUGGAAAAUAAUCCUGCCAAAGCGAAUGUUUUGUAUGCAAAGGUGGAGGAGUCUGAAGGCCGAGAUGUUAUUAUUAAAUUAGCAG